GUGCUUCUUACCACGCUCCACCGCGCGACCUGCCCUCUCCCCUCAUCUCGCCACUCGCGCAUGGCCGUGCUCAUGUCCUACCACUCUAUGCUGCCCCCCACCAAAAGACGUCGUACCGCCACCGGUGUCCUUGCCGGUGACUUUGACCCGCGUCCGCAUCGCGACGUCCUCACCAGCGUCCUGAACGGCGUGCCUAUCAAUAAAGAGGUCGAGAGGAACGAGGAGCUCCGGCGCGAGCGGCGAAGGAAGGAGAAGGAGCGAGAGCGAGAGAAGGAUAAGGAACGCGAGAAGGACAAGGAGAAGGAGCGCGAGAGGGAGAGGAAACGCGCCAAGUCGGACGCGAGGCCAUCGGUGACGGUGUCCGUGCCCCCCGUCGCGUCGACAUCGGUCGCUGGCGCGUCAGGCUCCACCGCGCCCAAGAUAUCCGCCCCCGUGGCGCGUCCCACCGUGUCCUCCUUCUGGCAGGCGCGUCCAGCCAUCCAUAUCACGAACAUGCAACGUUCCGUUUCUGUUACCCCUCCCCCCAUGGCUUCGUCGCCGCCAACCACCCCGGGCCCAUCCAUAUCAUCGACCACUUCCGCCACAUCGUCCAAGCGGCCGCACACACCGUACGAUGACGACGACGAUAUGCAUAGCCAGAACGGCAGUGAGGCUUCGCAGACACCGCCUCUCAUGCACUCGCGGCCACGCAAGAAGCGCACCGCCGUUCGCAAGGGCUGGAAGGGCUGGGUGGAGGGCUCGCCGCCACCGUCACAGAAGCUCAUUAACCUGGACGCGGUCGCGAUCCUUCCGCAGAGGAAGACGAGGAGUGGAAAGAGCUUCGAUGCUAUCGGGGUCGGCGAGGACAGUUGGAUUUGAACUAGGUGAGUUUUAUCGCGCGAUGCAACGGUUCGAUUGUGCUGAUCACACUACAGACGUCGCACGUAUGGCCAUGGAACGUCCAGGCGUAUAGAAUAGGUACUCUCACUGUCGGGUUGGUGCUCUGGCUUCUACUGUCCUCAUGCUCUCCCAUCUCUGGUGGCCCUGGUUGAAAACUGUCAUUUACUGUUUGUCGCGCUGUGAUUUCCUUUCAUAUCCUACCGGUUCACGGAGUCUCGCUGGUGUUACCUCUUUUCUUUCCGUCGUCGUUAUCGGGCAUCCACUCAUUAUCGUUAGGGUUCUGUUGUGCAUAUGUCCAUCUUGUACGCAUAUCUAGUUGACACAAAGGCAAUGCAAAUAUGUAGUUAUGCGAAA